AUGGCCCGCGGUCGCCCUUCGACUCGAGGGACUCCCAUUGCCUCGUCGGCAGCAGAUGCCUCUCGAGAGCCAUCAACUGCAUCAGGUCGUGUGACCCGUUCUUUGAGAAGUCAAGCUACUUCUACUGCCACAACUCCCGCCCCAGACGCAGAAGUCCAGGCGGCUUCAACUGCACGACCAAGAGGUCGUCCUAGGAAGAGCAUUGUUGAGGCCGAUGCAUCCAUUUCUGUGCAGUCACCAACCCCCGAUGUUGUCCCUGCCAGACGCCGCGGACGCCCAAGCAAGGCUCCUGUUGCUGAGAGCGAGUCUGUAUCAUCAGUGCCCACCCCCAAGGACCUCGAGUCGGAGAGUGAUUAUUCAACUCCGGCCUCGAGCAAAGUAGCGACCCCAGCAGCCGGUGAUCAUGUAAAAGUCGAGGUUGUCAUUCCUUCUGCCUCGCAUACCAUUGACCGUGAGCGAGGUUUGCGCAACAGUGCGUACUCAAUGAAGCCAAGGGGCAAAGGCAAAUCAAGAGUCAUUGAAGAUUCCGAGGAUGAGGAUGAUGAUCUUCUGGAAUUUUCUCGGAACGCUCAAGCAGCUCGCCGUAUUCAGAAAGGUUACGACCAUGAGCCAGCUCUUCCUUCGCCGACUCUUCCCUUGCGCAGAAGCGGUAGACCUUCUUUGUCAAAUGCUCCUACCCCCCAAACCUCGGUCAAGCGACAACGGUCUUUAACUGAAACAAGCUCCAAAAGAGGAAACCCAUCAAAGAAGCAGAGAGUCAUCCCCGACUCUGAUGAACAAGACAUUGACAUGGAUGCUGAGGUUGCUGUUGGAAUGGCAUACGAGGACGCACAGGACGAACAAUCAUCUCUGAGCUCACACGGUGAUGAGUUUCCUUCAGAGGAUGAAGUCAGUGAGGAGGAAGAUGACGAGUACUCCAGCGACGAAGACGUCCCAUUAAGAUCCAGAAAGGCCAAGGGAAAACAGCCAGUGCGUACCAUCGCAACCCACCGCAGAAAGCCUGUCGUUGCCGCAGCCCAGCAAUCUACCGCUGCACCUGCGCUGGACGACGGCCCCUCAGGCGAUGAACUUGAUGCUCUUGAGAGGGAUUUGGGUUCGGCCGUGUCAUCUGACGACAACAACUACGAUUCCCUCAUUGAGGCUUCCCUGGACACCGGUACUAGCGAUACUGAUGGAGAUGGCAACAGGUCUGUUGCUCCUAUCGCCCAGAGACGAGGUUUCACUGCGGGCCGUCGAACCAAGCGCCACAUUAGGGAGCGCGAGCGUUUGGUCAAGAACCAUCCUGAAAUUGAAACAAUGUGGGAUACUCUGAGAAACAUGCCUGUCAUCAAGGCCACAAAAGCCCCCCAGCCUCAAAAUAUCUCACGCCAACUCAAGCCCUUCCAGCUUGAAGGUCUAGCCUGGAUGCUGGAAAUGGAGAAGGGAGAGUGGAGAGGUGGACUGCUAGGUGAUGAAAUGGGUCUGGGUAAGACUAUUCAGGCAGUAUCUCUGAUAAUGUCGGAUUACCCUGCGAAGCAGCCAUCCUUGGUCCUUGUGCCUCCCGUUGCCUUGAUGCAAUGGCAGUCGGAGAUCAAGUCCUAUACUGAUGGCACUCUGAAGACUUUCGUUUACCAUGGUACAAAUCAAAAGACCAAAGGGAUCACUGUCGCCCAGCUCAAGAAGUACGAUGUAAUCAUGAUGUCGUACAACAGUCUUGAGUCGAUCUACCGCAAGCAGGAGAAGGGGUUCAAACGAAAGGAUGGUAUUUACAAGGAGAAGAGUGUCAUUCACGCGCUCAACUUCCAUCGAAUCAUUUUGGACGAAGCGCACUGCAUUAAGACACGAACCACCAUGACUGCCAAAGCAUGCUUUGCUCUCAAGACCAACUACCGAUGGUGCUUGACUGGUACACCUCUCCAGAACCGAAUCGGCGAGUUUUUCUCCCUAAUUCGCUUCUUGAACAUUACCCCCUUUGCAUCUUACCUUUGCAAACAGUGCCCUUGCUCGAUGCUCGAGUGGUCCAUGGAUGAACACAGCCGCUGUUCUGGUUGUCAGCAUGCAGGAAUGCAGCACGUUUCCGUCUUCAACCAAGAGCUUCUGAACCCCAUUCAGAAGUAUGGUAACAGGGGACCAGGAACCGAAGCUUUCAAGAACCUUCGACUGAUGACCGAUCGUAUCAUGCUCCGUCGUCUGAAGAAGGAUCAUACCAACUCUAUGGAGCUUCCUGUCAAGGAAAUCUACGUCGACCAUCAGUUUUUCGGAGAGGUCGAGAACGACUUUGCCAACAGUAUCAUGACCAACGGUCAGCGCAAAUUCGAUACAUAUGUUGCACAGGGUGUUCUCCUCAACAACUAUGCCAACAUUUUCGGUCUCAUCAUGCAGAUGCGACAAGUUGCUGACCAUCCCGAUCUGCUCUUGAAGAAGAAUGCCGAAGGUGGACAGAACAUUCUCGUAUGCUGCAUUUGCGACGAGCCAGCUGAAGAUACCGUGCGAUCUAGGUGUAAGCACGACUUUUGCCGAGCUUGUGUCGGUAGCUACGUCCGCUCGACUGAUGAGCCUGACUGCCCUCGUUGCCACAUUCCUCUGUCGAUCGAUCUCGAACAGCCAGAGAUUGAACAGGACGAGAAUCUUGUCAAGAAGAACUCUAUCAUCAACAGAAUCAAGAUGGAGAACUGGACCUCAUCUUCCAAGAUCGAGCUUCUUGUUCACGAGCUGCACAAGCUCCGUUCUGACAAUGCCUCACACAAGUCAAUCAUCUUUUCCCAGUUCACCACCAUGUUGCAGCUUAUUGAGUGGCGUCUCCGUCGAGCUGGUAUCACUACAGUGAUGCUUGACGGUAGCAUGACUCCUGCUCAGCGACAGGCUUCUAUUGAGCAUUUCAUGAACAAUGUGGAUGUUGAAUGCUUUCUCGUUUCGCUCAAGGCUGGUGGUGUAGCACUGAACCUGACUGAAGCCUCUCGAGUCUUCAUCGUUGACCCAUGGUGGAACCCAGCUGCAGAAUGGCAAUCUGCCGAUCGAUGCCAUCGUAUUGGACAGACUCGACCCUGCACAAUCACCCGUCUUUGCAUCGAAGAUUCGGUCGAAAGCCGAAUGGUGCUGAUUCAGGAGAAGAAGACCAACAUGAUUCACUCUACCGUCAACGCUGACGAUAAGGCUAUGGAGUCUCUCACCCCCGAGGACAUGCAGUUCCUUUUCCGUGGUUCUUAG